AUGGCAGUCACUCAACUUGUUCAGCCGAUGGUCCGGCCUCGUACCAGACUGGGACGCCAAAAUACCUCUAUUCCUGUGCGCCUUCCAGACAUGUUUGUGCUCUUUCUGUCUGGAGCUCCGAAAGUCAACCCACAUUAUGAUAUUAUGAGACGGGAAUGUGAGGCAUGGAUCUGCAAUGUGUGCUCUUUUGACGAAAGAACCGAAAGGGUCUUGGGGAAGACAGACUUUGCCUAUUUCUGCUCCAUUGCAGUCCCCCACGCAUCGCCAGAAGAGCUCCGAACAGUGAUUGACUGGGGUAACUGGGUUUUCCCAUUUGAUGAUCAAUUUGACAACGGGGGCCUGAAAGAUGACCCGGUGCGUGCCCAAGAGUUGGUGGACAGAUUACUAGCAGGGAUGGCGGAGGACAAGGGGCAGUCACACUAUGAAGAGGAUCCCCUCGUCCGGGUGCAUAACUCAGUAUGGGACCGCAUGGCAGCAUCUUCUCCUGCAGGGGUCCGACGCAGAUUCGCAAAGACAAUGACCGACUACUGCAAUGGAAGCAUUGAACAAGUCCGUGCCUGUUCCACCGGAAGGUCCCCUUCGCUGGAAGAGAUGCUUGCCUUGAGAAGGCAGUCUGCCGGAGUCUCGCCUCUCUUUGCUCUAGUGGAGUAUGCCCACAAAUUAAACCUUCCAGACUGUGUAUUCGAGGCGAGGAGUAUCAAGGAAAUUGAACGGAUCGGAAUUGAUCUGGUGUUGCUGCAAAACGAUAUCCUCUCGUACUGCAAGGAAGAGAAAGAGGGUGUCGCCCAUAACAUGGUAGCCACAUGCCGGAGCUCUGGCAUGCCGGCACAGAAGGCGUUCAACCACGUCGGUAACAUGCUUGUCUCUCGCUAUCGUGAUUGGUACCUUGCUCUAGCAGAACUACCGAGCUGGGGCGAGGAAGUCGACUAUGAAGUCCAGGAGUACAUCCUCGGAGUUGUCAAUGUCGUCAAGGCCAAUCUGAACUGGAGUUUCCGCUCUGGAAGAUAUUUUGGAAAGGCAAACGAGGCAGUCCGCAAGACGUGGAUGGUGACGGUGAGGCCUCAAAUGGCUGAUUUCAAAUGA